GAUAAAUAAAUAAAGAUGGAGGAUGUUGAUGAUGUUCUAAGUUAUCUGAAGCUGGAUCCUGAUCAUCAUGAAAAGAUUGCUGCUCUCAUUCCUAAAGAAACCUGGUAUGAGCAGUUAAUAAGAUACGGACUCUAUAUUGGUGCUGUCUUCCAGCUUGUUUGUAUUUUGGCUGUUAUUCUGCUGCCAUCGUCAGAGAAAGAGAAGGAAGUGGAAGAUGAUGACAAGAGUCGUGCCUCCUCCCCCACCAGUCAGUCGGGUCGUACCAAGCAGAAAAAGAAAACCAAGAAAAAACUUGCCUAGAAAAUUUUCAUAUGUUUUUUUGUGUAUGAUGUUGAUUAAUACUCAAUGUUAUUUCUAUUUGCUAAAAAUUGUAUAGUACACAUUCCAUAUACCAUGAAUCUCGCA